CGGAGGAGGAGGAGGAGGACGCGAAGAUCGCCGUCGCCGGGAUGGAGUUCGACGGCAACGCCGCGCUGGUGCUGAGCACGUUCGCGCUCGUGUUCGCCGCCGAGUGGGGGGAUAAGAGUUUCAUCGCCACGAUCGCGUUGUCCGCGGCGGCGAGCCCGGUGGGCGUCAUCGCGGGCGCCGCCGCGGGGCACGGCGUCGCGACCGCCAUCGCGGUCAGCGUCGGGGACAUCCUGAACAAGAGCGAUCUGGUGAGCGAGAAGGUGAUCAAGUACACCGGCGGCGCGUUGUUCAUCCUCUUCGCGAUCCUCACCGCGCUCGAAAUUCAGUGA